AUGAAUAGUAAUCUUUUAGAUAAACUGCAAAAAGAUUUAGAGAAAAUCAAUGUUUAUCGUAACCAGCCAGUUUUUCUAAAGCAAAAAAAAGCAGUUGAAGACUUAGAAAAUUAUUUAUUUUCUGCUAACUUAACUAAAUACCGCGAAUUUAUUGUGAAUUCGCUCCAAAAAGAAUUAGCCAGUGAACCUUUUCCCGUGCUGGCUGAAGAAUUAAAGGAGAACAAUCGUGACUUUGUUCUCCAAGUCAACCAAAUUAUCGAUCGACAAGCCUUAGAAAAUAUUAAAAACCAGGUUCUGAAUAAUGUUGGAGAAAAGAAAGCCGAAAAAUUAGUCGAUAAUUUACUGGUUAAAAUCAAAGCAACCUUUGCUUCUGAAGCAGAAAGAUCAGUGGUUUGCCAAGCGAUUUAUCGCUUGCGAGACCAUGGAAAUAGAGAAAAAAAAGAAGAUUCUUCUAAUUAUAACCCUAGUAGUGAUAAGCCAAACUAUCUUUGGCCUAUUUUAGCUGUUUUGCUAAUUAGUGGAAUGUUUAUUACUGGAUUUUUACUUGUUCGUUGGAG